CUUUUAUAUAGGUUAGAAAUGGUGAAAAGAAGUGGUAUGUUUUAAAAGAUAAGAAAUUGAGGACAAGGACAAAAGGACAGAUCCUACUAGAAAUUAAUGUGUUUUACAAUCCUCUCAGAGCUAGUAUAGUAACUUUCACUCCUAAAGAAGCAAAAUAUAUGCAACAGGAACAAAAAUUCAAGAGAUCGAUAUUCGUAAAGAAUGUGAAUAGGGUAAAACUUAUGCUUUUUGGAGUCAUAGAAAUUAUUAGAUUUCUCAACAGCUGUUUUUUAUGGGAGUCGACUCUUCGCAGUAUUUCUUCAUUUGUUGUUUUCCUUGUGAUCACAUAUACCUUUGAAUUCUACAUGUUGCCAAUUGCAUUAUUAAUUCUUUAUGUCAAGAAUUAUGUCAUUUAUGCUCUUACAGGGAGGCAAAUUGCCAGUAGAGAUGAUGAAGAGAUAGAAGAAAUAGAUGAUGAUGAAGAUGAUGAUGACAAAGAAGAUAAAGGAGAAGAAAAAAAGUCGUUGAAAGAAAAGCUGCAAGCUGUGCAAGAUGCAACUGCAAUGAUUCAAAAUAUAUUAGGAGAAGUUGCUUCCUUCGGUGAAAGAUGUAAAAAGUAA